AUGGCACCUUCAAACUGGACCAUGACCCACCCCUCCACCUUCAUCCUCCUCGGCAUCCCAGGGCUGGAGGUGGCACACGUCUGGAUCUCCAUCCCCUUCUGCUCGGUCUACAUUCUGUCCCUCCUGGGGAACGGCCUCCUCCUGGCUGUUAUCAAGACUGAACCGAGCCUCCAUGAGCCCAUGUACCUUUUCCUUUCCAUGCUGGCGCUCGCUGACCUGGUCAUAUCCACCACCACCCUGCCCAAAACCCUCUGCAUUUUCUGGUUCAGGGACCAGGCCAUUCACACCAAUGCUUGCCUGGCCCAGAUUUAUUUGAUUCACUCAAUUAGUACCAUGGAGUCUGGGUUCAUGCUGGCCAUGGCCUUCGAUCGCUAUGUCUCUAUCUGUAACCUGCUGCUACACUCAGCCAUCCUGACCAAUCAGGUUGUAGCCAAGAUAGGGCUGGGUAUUGUGAUGAGGGGGGCUGUGUUACUGGGCCCACACCCAUUCUUGCUGCAGCGGCUCCCAUACUGCAGGACCAAUGUCAUUUCUCACACCUAUUGUGAGUUCAUGGCACUGGUGAAACUGGCCUGUGCAGACACAAUGGUUAUGAGUGCCCAUAGUCUAGUUGUGGCAUUUCUCACCGCGGGGUUAGAUUUUAUCCUCAUUGUCCUCUCCUUAAUCCUGAUUCUUCGGGUUGUUUUCAGACUCUCCUCCAAGGAGGCACGGCGCAAGUCCCUCAGCACCUGCGGCUCCCACGUCUGUGUCCUGCUGGUGUUUUACACUCCUGCGUUCUUCUCCUUCCUCUCCCACCUCUUCGGCCACGUGGCUCCCCACGUUCACAUCCUCAUCGCUAACAUGUACCUGCUCUUCCCUCCCAUGACGAACCCCAUCAUCUACGGGGUGAGAACCCCGGGGAUCCGGCAGAGGAUGCUCCACAUCUUGGGCGUCAAACCAGCCUGA